UCUGCCGCUGUCCCCCGGACGCCAUUGGCAAGCAAAGCGUUGUUGUUUGAUUGUUGAGGAGGAGCUGUGCUGAGUUGAGUGGUUGCUUGAUGGGUAGUAGCGGUGCUAGUCCGAGCAGUAGCAUAUAUCAGAUGUGCGAACGUUAAGUGACGUUCGUUGUUGUGUUCGCGUUGCGUUUAGCCAGCGAAGAGCAGUCAGCGAACGCACUGCGGUGGCGUCGAGGCUCGUGCGGCGAGCGGCCGGUGCGGAGACCAACGUCCCGAGUCCGAGCAACCAGGCCCCUCUGCCAUGAAGCUGGUGACGCUGCAGCCCGUCGAGGGCGCGCAGAAGAGGGUGGACAUCAAAGUGGGAAAGACGAUCAUCGGCCGUGGCCCGCUACUAGAGUGUGCCGAUAAAAAAGUUUCCCGAAACCACGCCUUGCUUGAGGUCCAAGAGAACGGCGACGUCUUCCUCACCCCGACGCACGUCAACCCGUGCUUCUUUCUCCCAAACGACUCGAAAGGCGGUUUUGAGGUCCUUAAGAAGGAUUGUCCCCAAAGGAUACGCGAUGGCGAUUCAUUUUCUCUUUUACCAAACAGCUUCCGUUAUCGGGUAAUCAUCUCUGAUGUGGCUGACUACGAGUCCGGUGAUAAGGAUGAUGCUGCUGGAAUAAAAAAGGAUGCGACAGCAACCGGCCAGGGGACGUCAACGUCUGGCCUUGGUGGUGUUGGAAGUAACAAAAAGGAUUCGGGGACCCACAGCACUGAGCCAGCAUUACUCAAUGGUGAGAAAAAAGACCGAGACCGUGGGGAACGGGAUCGUGACAAGGAGAUUCAUGGCGACCAACGCACUGGAGCUGGCCAUGAUUCCGCGUCGGCUCCAUUGCACGAUCUGACAACGACUUCACCAGUUGUUCAUGGUCAACCAAAGGAUAAUGGAAAACCUGCGCCACUUAAGAAUGGCUUGUCACCGGCACGGAGUCGGCGAAGUGAGAAGCUGGCCCAGGAAAGGGACAAGGAUUUCAUCAGAGAGCACAGCCCACGGGGAGGGCAUACACUAAAGAAAAGUCAUCUAGUAAUUCAUGCUGAUCAUAGCCGGACAUCGGCCAGUGAAACCGCGGUCGCUGACAAAGUGCCCGACGCAUCAAACAGCUUAGGCUCAAGGUCGCCUAAAGGCGACAUUGAGAGGGCUAAGGCCUUGCCUAGAGAGAUAGGCAAGGAACGAAAAUCUGGUAACGAUCACCAGAUAUUUAAAGGGCAGAAAGGGGUAGCUAGUGACAAGGUCGACGAGAUUGUACCUAGCAAAGAUGCGAGUAAUGCCAAGAUAACACCAUCUGUCAGAAGCGGUAGGUCGGGGGUUUUAGCCGGGAAAGGUGAGAAGGACAAGGCUGAGUCCAUGGCUAACACACCUGCUGUAGCGUUAAAUACAAAUAGUACUAUAUGUAACACGCCUGGUACACCGACUAAUGCCAAUAAGUCACCUUUAGCUACGAAGAAAAUCCUCAGCGACAAGUCUUCAUCAGGCAAAAAGGACGCGGCCGGUAGGGAUGCCAAAGAGAGCAAACCAGACCCCGAAAAACAGAGCAAACUCAAGAAUUUCGACUUUGACGAGGAGGACGACGAACCUCAAACAACAACAUCAACAACCAAACCGACCUCCAUGAAAAACAAACAACAGCAACAGCAGAUACAACAGCACUGUUUAAAGCAGUUGAAGGGUAAGAAAUCCGUCGAUAAGUCACUGAACAGCACCUCGACAGGAUUGGCAGGGUUGGUAAGCGGUCGUAAAGGAACUGCUACUACGAAAGACACUUCAUCUCGAAGGCGUAGUCCGCAUCCUCCCACUACAGGUAGCAGCGGGGCUGGCAAUAUCUCAGAUAGCCUGAACACGCCGGCCAGUGCAGGCCCCGAAGGAACCAGUGGGACAGGUGGUACAAGCCAGUCGCGCAGUACUCGUACGAAUCGCACCUUAAUCCAGCGGAUAUCUCUUGACGAUUUUAUGGCUUCCGACGACGAAUGGAUUGCUACCUACGCUUCGAGUGAUGAUGAACGCAAGAAAGCUAAGAGGCGUCAGCAUCAGGCUAAAAGAAAGUCUACAACAACGGGUGCCGAGUCGGAUUCAGAUUCAGAUGACUGGGACGGUGGUUCCAGUCGAAAAGCACCGAAAAAACGGCCGCCGACCAAAAAGACCUCGAAGAAGAACGAGGCAGAUAGUCCUGCUGAGGACAACAGUGAGGGGGAGCCAUCUCCUGCGCGAAAAAAGGGACGGGGACGUAUAUCAACUCAUGGUCGGAAGUCAGGAAAGAAAGCCAUCCCAACGAAUUCUGACGAGGACGAGGACGAUGAUGAUGACAAUGAUGACAGCGACGAAGAAGAGGAACGACCCAGAAAAUUGUCAAAGACCAAAAAGCUUUCAGCUGGUAAAAACUCACCUGCUAAGGGAAAAUUGUUGGCGGUACCUCCUAAGAAAAAAAUCGUUCGGAGAAAGAAGUCACUUCUAUAUGCUGAAAACGAAGAAGAUUUUCAGAGACAACUAGCGCGAGCCAUUAGAGAGUCGAAAAAGGAACAACUGAAAAAGUAG